GAAAAAGCUAAGCUGAACAGAAAUUAAAUAAAAUAAAAACUCAAGAAUUGAAAUAAAUAAUAUAAACCUGCGUCAACAACUUCAGAAGUGGGAUAGUCCCAUUAAUACAUUCGCCUACAUAACCAUACCUGAGAGCACACAUUUUUUUUCCGCUUUUAUAAUUACGACGCCAUUCUGAAAUGGACAAGACACAAAUUGGUGAGUGGCUACAAGCCAACGAAAUCGAGUUCCCUGCAAGUGCAACUUUAAGGCAAUUGCGCAAGCUCGCUUUGGAUGUUGGAUACCAAGAAGUGGCUGAAAUCCCAGAAAGCAUAUUGGAGGAGGAGAACUCCAAAAUGGAAGUAUUAAGCCAAGGAGCCGCUACCGAAGGCAUCCAGACAUUGGAAGAAGAAGAAACACUGCUUGACGCCGCCAUAAGGGUUGCUGAGAAGAAAAAAAUAUUGGCCGGAUUGAUGAAAAACGUCGACAAAACGACAGAUGACCUCCAAAUGGUGAAGCACCUCGUGAGCCCGUUUUCUGCCACUGAAAAUGAGGAAGCCCUUAAGUGGAUUUUGAAUUUUGAGAGAGUCUGCAGAGAUAUCAACACAUGUACAAAUUUUCAACUGCGCUGCGUACGAAUGUUGAUGAAAUCGGGUACAGAUGCCGACUUGUUUGUGAGUGUUGAUCGAUCGAACACUUACGACGAAUUUAAGACAAAUUUCAUAAAAACAUUCGGUCGUGGAAGCUCAACUGCUGAUAUUGUAUUGCUACUUAAGGAAACCAUGUUCAACCCCGCGAAGAACACCGUUAUGGGAUACAUACUUCUGAUGGAGGAAAUUGCUAUGCGUGCAAAUAUUAACGAAAAAUUGACAGUGCAGUUCGUCAUUGACGGUUUUCGCGAUCGUUCAGCCAAUAUCGCUAUAUUGUACACAGCAACAACAAUCGCACAAUUGAAGGAAUUGGCUUGGAAGUAUGGCAAUCUAAGGAAGAAGUCACACAAUUUUCCUCAGCGCAUGGAAAAUACUGGAGGAGAUCGGAAAACAGUCCGGUGCUACAAUUGCUCUGCUUAUGGGCACUACGCUUCGUCGUGCACUGCGCCGAAACGCGAGAAGGGAUCUUGUUUCCGUUGUGGAUCCCUCCAACAUAUGCUAAAGGAUUGUCAGCAGAAGCCAGCAAGUGAUCCGAGAGUGGUGGGAGCAGCCAACAACCAGCCGAUACGAGAUGACGAAGAGGAGCCUAAUAUGUUUAUUCCGAUUUUUAACCAGCGCCAUUAAUUUAAUUCAGCACUCUGCGAUUCCUUAUAAAAACUUUAGCGAUAUACUGGUCCCGACGAAAUACUAUGGAGUUAAUGGAUUUAGAAUUAAAACAUUCGGAAAAAUUUUUGUCAGGCUCGUUUUUCAAAACAUAGAAGAAGAAA